GUCAUCGAAAUUGCAAAAGAGAAACUAGCGUGCAUUCAUGUGAUUCGACAGUGGUCACCUGUGCUUGUACGUUGUAAUCAUGCCAGACAGGCGUCGCUUUGGUCAGCACACCUGACGAAAGUCUCCAAACGACGAUGGCACAAAUCUUACACCCGGGAGCGUCACUUGGCCCAGGCAAAAACUUCCUCCCGGCGGUUGAACGUGCCAGGCGUGCCGAUGAGUUCCCUCUACCGAGGCCGCCGGCUCAGUUUGAUGCCCAGAACCCGCUGUCUUCCAUGACGAUCAAUGACAUAGAGGGUAGACUUCGGGACCUGUGUCACGGCGCCAAUCCACGGCUUCUGCUCGGUCUGGCAGAGCUAAACGACCAAGAGCCUCAAUCCUGGAUCCGCCUGGCUCACUUCUUGAUCCUGAGGGCCAAUGAGCUUCACCGUGAGGCCGGUCGCCUCAGGCGGCUGUACACUCUGGCAACGGAUCGACCUUUUUUGGCGUUGGCAUUUUUCGUGGGUGUUUUUGCCGUCUUGGUGGUGGCGUCUAUCACAGUUCCAGACGACUACUGCGGCGGACACUUCAAACCGGACAUCCAGCGUUUGGACAAGACCAUAAAGCGGCACCUUCACGGCCAGCCACUAGUCCACGACAUAGUGGUUCGCUACGUCACGGACCAUGUCGACACCAAGUCCCCGGAACGAGCCCUGGUGAUGUCCUUCCACGGCCCGCCCGGGGUGGGGAAGAGCUACGUGGGAGGGAUGAUCGCCGAGAGUCUCUUCUUAGACGGACUUAACUCCCCGUGUGUCCGACUGUCCAUCGCCACAAAACACUAUCCUCACCACGAUUCUGACAUCAUAAAGGGAUACAAGGACAAGUUGCACCGACUCAUUCCCGAGGCGAUCCGGAGUUGUCCCCGAACUCUCUUCAUCUUCGACGAGACCGACAAGAUGCCAGAGGGUCUCAUCGACGCCAUCAAACCCUACGUGCAAGGGGAUCCAGUGGACGGACAGAACUUCAACAAGGCGAUGUUCCUAUUUCUGAGUAACACUGCGGCCGGGACAAUCACUGACAAAUUCAUGGAACUUCGCAAGGGUGGAACGGACAGGAAGAACUUCAGGAUCAAACAGUUUGAGAACAUCGUCAAGCAGAGUGCGGACACGGCUGACGGAACAGAUAAGAAGAUGGGCAUGUGGCACGCGGCUCUGUUGAAGCACAGUCUGGUACAUGUAGUACCGUUCCUCCCUCUGGAGCUGAAGGAGGUGGAAAUGUGCAUCCGUGACGUCAUGUUGGACCUGGGGAGGGAGGCUGAACUCACCAAGGAAAUGUGGGACAAAAUUUCGGACGAGAUUUCCUUCCUGGAGAAGGACGGAGUAAAAUAUUCCGAGAACGGCUGUAGGGAUGUCCGCAGCAAGACACUCCUGCACUUGGGAAAUUAGAAACGAUAAUACUUGUUUACUUUCUGACACAUGCCUUUGUUGAUGUCGUUACCAAGUAAUGCUGCAGUAUGAGCAAUAUUUGAUAGGGGCAUUACCGUUGAAAUGUCUUGGAAAGGGGCCACCCAUUUUACAAUGCAAGGGAGGGAUUAUUCAUUGUAAGAAUUAAGGAUGUGUGAAGGAAGGGCCAAAAUGUACUCAACACCCUGACGCCCAUCUAGAGAUCAUGAUUCUCCCCGCGGCUUCAGGUAAACAGAGGGGAUGGUACAUUUCUAGGUUCAACCCAGAACUGAAAUUACAAUCACAAAUGAAGUUUACUUCCUGUCAUGCCCCCCGAAAUCUGUAGAUGAAGAUCUUGUUAAUGACCUUUUUACAGAAUACAUAUAUAAAGUUUACAAUUUAAUAGCCAUAAAGUAUAUAACAUACGUGUAAUUCAGUUUACCAAGUGUGAGGUAUAAUAUCAUCUAUAUUGCUGGGCCAAGUUUAAUUUUUUCAGGUCUGUUUUGUUUCUUUGAGUUUUGUAAAGGACACGUUUAGAAAUGGAUGGUUUUUAGAAUGCGUUGUGGCUGACUUUUGAUUGAUGUUUUGCUUUUUGUCCUUUGCAUAGGUCCUACACAAAUGUAUAUGACUGUUAGUAAAUAGCCUUUGUUCUCACUUACCCUUUAUAUUUCGUUAGCAACAAGUGUGUUCGAGAGCUUUAGAAUAUAGUAUCUAGAUCUAUGUAUGCUGACAUUGUCCAUUUUUUGGUGUAGAAGGUUGCUUGCAACUCUUUUUCCUUCUUACAUCCAUGUCAUGUGCCAGUUUCAUACUUAUGAAUGUUUGAUACAGCUGUUCUAAACAGAAGACAACAAGGCACUAUGGUGUCUAUGUGGCGUAUUGUAAGCAAAGGUAGCCAAUAUGAUCAACUUACAUUGAGUUAUAUUUCUAUCAGCGCAAGAAAUUUUCCUCAGUUCGGAAAUGUUGCUUUUACAGUGUCAGACAUUGAAAGGCACUUUAUCCAAGAAAAAUGGAAUCAAAAGACUUUUUUCAUUUGGGUAGUUGUAACCUGUUUCUGUAAUAAAGGUUUAAAAAUGUCAAGUACAAUCUGACCAACACAUAGUACACUUUGUAUUCCUCGAAUGUAUCAAGAACAGUUUUAAACCAGGUGUUGUUUGGUUUUUAUUUCUUUCUUCUAACACGCUCAACCUUAAAUGA